AUUCAUAUCCAUCUGCAUAAUAAUUGUCCUCUUCACUUCACUUCCUCUCACUCACUCUUGUCCAUGGCAAAUCUUCUUUCAUUUUUCACUUUUUCCCUUCUCUUCCUUCUCUCUUUACCUUCCUAUUCAAUAUCCUCAUCAUCUGAUUACUCCUUCCCUCAAAAAUACUUCAUCAACUGUGGUUCACAUUCCAGUGUUCCCGCCGGAGCCACUACUUUUUCCGGCGACCUGAUCUCCGACUCGGACCACAGUAGCUCUGCUGUGGGCCCCACUUCAACAGGGUUAGCGGAAAUCUAUAAAACUGCCAGAAUUUUCAGACAAGAUUCUUCAUAUGAACUUGAAACAGAGGGAAAUGGUUUUUACAUCGUAAGACUUCAUUUCUUUCCUUUUUCUGAUCUUUUUAAUGCGAAGUUCGACAUUAUAGCAUCUGGGUUUUUGCUUUUGUCUAAUUUUACUGUCCCGAGAAACGUACCUUCUCCUGUCAUCAAAGAGUUUUUACUCCCUGUGAAAAAUUCCAAGUUGAAAAUCAGCUUUAAACCUCAAAAAUCAUCUUUUGCCUUUGUAAAUGCUAUAGAAGCAUUUAUUACUCCUCAAGAUUUCAUUCCUGAGUCUGCUACUCAUGUUACUCGUCAAGGAAAUAGCAAUAUUAGAAAUAAAGAUUUGUCCUUAAGUGCUUUAUCUGUAAUUCAUAGGAUCAAUGUUGGUGGUUCAGUAAUUACGCCCGAAAAUGAUACGAUCAUGAGGAGAUAUUGGUUUCCUGAUGAUGAUUACUUGUUUAUCAAAGAAUCAGCAAAGAACCAUCCAACGUUUACUGAUAGCCUUAACUAUGAUACAGAACGAGGAGCUAGUCAAUAUGAUGCUCCUGACUUUGUUUAUAAAACUGCCAAAGAAAUGAAUAAAGUUGUUGAGAGAAAUGAUAACAACUGGUUUAAUAUAACUUGGGAUUUUGAAGUAAACAAGAAUGGUAUAUUUUUCGUACGUCUACAUUUCUGUGACAUCAUUAGUCAAGAAAGGAAUCAAACGGUUUUCAAUGUCUAUAUGAAUGGUGUAUUUGGACAGCCAAUUAGUCCAUUUGAUAGACUUUCACAAUUGGCAGCUCCUUUCUAUGUUGAUUUUGUGGUGGAUUCAGAUGGUUCUGGUUUUAUGAAUAUCUCUGUUGGACCCCGGAUCGACUCACGUACUCAAAAUGCUUUUCUAAAUGGAGUAGAAAUCAUGCAGCUGAUUAACGAACGGGGAUCUUUUCCAGAUGGAAAUGGACAGACCAGGAAUCGUCGUUUGUUGAUAAUCGUUGGUGCUACGGUUGGUGGUGUGGUUGCGGUUCUCAUCUUAGUUUCUGCAGUUGUUAUCUUGUUUUGUUUGAAAUCAAGAAAAGCAAAACCUGUUGAGAGUGUUGACUUGCGAGUUGUGAAUGCUAAUGGAACAAGUUCACACAGCAGAACUACUGUAAGAACUUCUCCAAUUGGUAGCACUACUCCUGAAAUGAAUCUUGGGUUAAAGAUACCUUUGGCUGAGAUUGUUUAUGCUACGAAUAACUUUGAUCCCAAAUUUAUGAUUGGUGAGGGUGGUUUUGGGAAAGUUUACAAAGGAACUUUUCAAGAUGGUGUUAAAGUGGCUGUGAAAAGAAGUGAGCCUGGACAUGGUCAGGGCCUUAUGGAAUUCCAAACUGAGAUAAUGGUCUUGUCCAAGAUUCGUCAUCAACGUCUCGUUUCAUUGAUUGGAUACUGUGAUGAACGAAACGAGAUGAUACUUGUGUAUGAAUUCAUGGAGAAGGGGACUUUGAGAGAGCAUUUGUACAGUUCGAACGAAGAUCUUGGUAAAUCGUCUUCAAGGUCAGAAUUAUCUUGGGAUCAAAGGCUUGAAAUUUGUAUAGGUGCAGCUGAAGGUUUACAGUAUCUUCACACUGGUUUAAAUGGUCCAAUUAUUCAUAGGGAUAUUAAGUCGACGAACAUCCUUCUUGAUGAACAUUAUGUUGCUAAAGUUGCUGAUUUUGGGCUAUCGAAAUCAGGUCCUCCUGGUCUAACACAUAUUAGUACCGAUGUUAAGGGUAGCUUCGGUUAUCUUGAUCCUGAUUAUAUAAGAUGUAUGCAACUCACUCAAAAAUCUGAUGUUUACUCUUUUGGAGUUGUACUUCUUGAAGUGCUUUGCGCUCGACCAGCUGUUAACACUCAGCUUCCAAGGGAUCAAGUAAACUUAGCUGAAUGGGGACUUUCUUGGCAAAGAGAAAACCAGCUAGAAAAGAUAAUUGAUCCGUUGCUUGCAGGUAAAAUUAAGCCAAACUCGUUGAGAAAAUUCGGGGAAACAAUAGAGAAAUGCCUGCAAGAAUAUGGGACAGAUAGGCCUAAUAUGGUGGAUGUGUUGUGGGACUUGAAAUAUGCUCUACAGCUUCAACACUCUGCAAUAUUGCGACAAGAAAUUCAUGAAGAUAGUACCACAGAUGUUUCGUGGCAAUUGGCAUUGCCCGGUAUUCAUCGCUUACCUUCUAUAAAUGUAAGCACAAGUAUUCCCAGUGCCAGUGAGAGUGAGGUUUUUUCGCAAUUGGUGAUCGAUGAAGCUAGAUGAUUUUUGGCCUUAGCAUAUAUGUUAGUUCACUUCAAUAUGUUGCAAGUCUGUCUUCUUCUGCUUCCUUUUGGUUAAGGCAAUUCUAUAUAUCAUGUGCCAAAACCUUGUUGCAACUGUAGUAAUAGUCAGGGUUCCUUUUCUAUA